AUCGUGCUCGAAAGCCUUUUCGACGAACUGAGCCUUCUGAUGCGCACGGGACCAAACGCAUCGGUGCCGAUCCCUGAGGUACGCCACAUUCGACCGGAGUACGACUUCGUCAUCAUUGGGGCCGGUUCCGGUGGGUCCGUCAUGGCCAAUCGGCUGUCUGAGAUGCCCGACUGGAGCGUUCUACUUCUCGAGGUCGGCAAAGAGGAGAACCUCGUUUCGAAUGUGCCACUUACCGCGGGACUAACCACCGCGACUGGCUACAGUUGGGGCUAUCGAGCCGAUCCGAUGAAGAACGCCUGCCGUGGCCUCGAACAGGGCGUUUGCUAUUGGCCCAAGGGCCGAGGGUUAGGUGGCACAAGCCUCAUCAACUUCUUGCUCUAUGGACGAGGUCAUCAACGGGACUACGACGAAUGGGAACAAGCGGGUAAUUACGGUUGGGGCUACCGAACCGUCCGGCGGUACUUCGAGAAGGCCGAAAAGCUCCAAAACGCACCCUGGACGAACCCUCACGGUUAUCUGAAUAUCGAGCAGAGCUCCUACGAGACGCCACUUCUCGAGCGGUACAUCGAAGCCGGCAAACGGUUCGGUUAUCGACACAUCAAUCCCAACGAUCCGGUUCAGCUGGGAUUCUACAAGGCACAGGCCACGAUGGUCAACGGAGAACGGUGUAGUGCAGCCCGUGCCUACCUCAAACCAGUUGCCGAUCGUCGCCACAACCUGCACAUCUCAACACGCUCCUGGGCCACCCGGAUUCUACUCGAUCCGGCCACAAAAACCGCCACCGGUGUUGAGUUCACGAAGAACAAGCGCACGUACCGGGUGCGUGUGCGCAAGGAAGUGAUCCUGGCAGCCGGUGCGAUCGCUUCACCCCAACUUCUGAUGCUCUCGGGAGUGGGGCCACGUGAUCACUUGCAGAAGAUGGGCAUCCCGGUGGUGAAGGAUCUUCGAGUUGGGUACAACCUACAGGACCACCAAACACUCUCCGGUCUCGUGUUCACCGUCAACCAACCGGUGACGAUCCGUGAACGGGACAUGCGCCGACCGAUCAACUUCCUGAGCUACUUGUUCGCCCGUCAAGGACCCUUCACGGUGCCAGGUGGUGCCGAAGGGAUCGCAUUCGUCCGGACGAACGGGUCACGAUCACCCACCGACUAUCCGGACAUGGAGCUGGUGUUGGGUACGGGUGCGGUCAACAACGAUGAGUCGGGAUCGCUAAGACACACGUUCGGUAUGACGCAGGAGUUCUACGAGCGAUCGUUUGGACCUGCACGUGGUCGCCACGCGUUUGGGAUCGCACCGGUGUUGAUGCGCCCCAAGAGCCGGGGACGCGUGUGGUUGAAAAGUCGCAACCCGUUCCGGUGGCCACACAUGGAGGGUAACUUCUUCGAGCAUCCGGACGAUCUGGCUACGAUGGUGGAGGGUAUUAAGUUGGCGGUACAGCUUGGAGAGUCGGAAGCGUUUGCGUCGUACGGAGCCCGGUUGUUGGACAUGCCGUUUUUCGGUUGCGAGGAACACCGGUUCCGGUCGGAUGAGUACUGGAGGUGUUGUUUGCGGCAGGUUGGUGCUAGCAUUCAGCAUCAGUCGGGUACGUGCAAGAUGGGACCGGCUAGUGAUCCGGAUGCGGUCGUGGAUCCGGAAUUGCGUGUGCAUGGUGUUACGGGGUUGCGAGUGGUGGAUGCGUCCAUUUUUCCCGUCAUUCCGUCGGCACACACGAACGGUGUCGUGAUCAUGGUCGGUGAGAAGGCGGCCGACAUGGUGAAGGACUACUGGGCCAAUCACAUACCGGGAGGAGGAGAACGUGAGAGUAAUUGAGCGGGUCCCAGCAAAACAUUCCCCUGUACAAACGCCGGGUCUAGUCAUAUAGGUUACACACCCACACAUCGUACAAUGCAGGUU